AUGGCGAUCCCUAAUCGUGGACCCGAACUCGUUGGCGUCAACAUUGCUUUUGUGGCUACGGCCGUCAUUGCGAACGCCUUGCGAUGCAUCGUUCGCGUGAAAAUGGUAAAAGCGUUUGGCACGGAUGACUGGCUCAUGGUUGCUUCCACAAUAUUCUUCAUCGGUUACGUCAUCUCCUCGACGAUAGGAGCACACUACGGUACCGGCCGCCAUCACGAUAAUCUCGAGGACUGGCAGGUUGAGAGAGCGAGGAAAUGCUGGUUCUACUGCUACCUCUUCUAUUGCUGCUCUAUGAUCUUGUCCAAGAUCUCCAUCGGUUGCUUCCUCCUACGCAUCUCUGUCAAGCGUGUCCACACCAUGAUCAUCUACGCCGCCAUGUUCGUCUCGACCUUUGCGUGCACGGCAUUCUUUUUCGUCACUCUCUUCCAGUGUAACCCCGUCAAAUUCUUCUGGGAAAAAUCCCUCGAGGACGGGACCUGCAUCGACAACCGCGUCAUCAUCGCUCUUGGCUUCGUCUACAGCAUCUUCAGCAUCAUCGCAGAUUUCACUUUCGCCCUUCUUCCCGCUUUUCUGGUCUGGAACCUGCAGCUGAAGAGGAGAACAAAGAUCGCCCUAAUUCCACUCCUUACCAUGGGCUGUGUUGCCAGCGCUGCCGUCAUUGCUCGAUUGCCUUUCCUUCCCAAGCUCAACUCGCCCGACUUCCUCUGGGAUACCAUUGAUAUCGCCAUCUGGUCUACAGUAGAACAGGGCCUCGCCAUCACCGCUGGCAGUCUUGCGACCCUUCGCCCUCUCUUUGCUUUGGUCAUGCAUCAACUCGGCCUCUCGACACGCCCCACUCAACCGCGGCCUUCCCAUUACGGCCUGCAGACCCCUCCUGCCAGUCAGCUGCUCAGCAGUCGACGUAGAGGAAGUAAGAGUGGCCCCGACAUGUACGGGUUAUCGAACGUGCAAGAAACAAGAAUAUCAGACGACUCUCUUGCAAAGGAAUCGAGCUUCCCCAAGUCGCCCAAUUGGUUCAACGGUGAAGGCCAGCAGAGCAUGACGAGGAGCCAAGUGAGGAGCGACAACGAGAGCGAACGGAGUCUGAAGCUCAAGGGCUCGAGAAACAGCGACGACGAUCAGAUGCACAUUAUGGUCUCGAAGACCUUCUGGGUUGACGAGGAGCAGGCAUCGAUAGCUUCCCGAGGGCGGGUUUUUACAUGA